GGUGCUACCUCUGUUUGAUCGGAUCAACAAAAUCCUGGAAGGAGGGGAAACUCGUCAACAUUCAUUCCCUUGCUUUGCGAUCCUGGCAAAACGUCGACUUUGAACGAGACGGAGAAACCAUCUACGAAAACGUCGACAGAUCCUUCUUGCGCUGCUGCUCUAUCGCAAUCACCUACCUAGUACACGCGACCACGAACGAAAAGAAAAAGCGACGAUACACCACCGCGCGCAGCGAUCCCUCAUAACCUCACACAACCUCCCCAAAGCAAACGAAACCAUGAGCGAAACCCUGACAACAACCAACCUCCUAACCUCCCUCCUCCCCCCCUCCAUCACCACCCUCAUCGACACGCACAUCCUCUCCCCGUCCUCCCCGCUCCAGUCCCUCAAGCGCCAGCUCCUCCUCCAAGCCAGCCGCAUCCAGCCUCAUCUCCAGCCCCUCGCCGACCGCGCCCUCGAGCAGCUCUCCGCCCACCAGGCCGCCCUCGACGUGCUCCUCCCGCUGGCCACCGUCGUCGCCACCGUCGUGGUGCUCAACUGGAUCCGUCGUUUGGUCCUCUGGUGGACGCGGCUCGUGUUUCGCGCGUUUUUCUGGGCGCUCGUCGCCGUGUUUGCCGCGUGGGUGUGGAAGCGCGGGGUUUUGACAAGCGCGAGGGAUGCGGCUGUCUUGGGGGCCAAGGUCGCGGGUUAUGUUGCCGUGUUGAAGGACGUUUGGGUCGAUGAGUAUAAUCGGUAUGAGGGGCAGCAGGCGAGUGGCAAGUGGGAUGAGUACUCGGCGAGGAGGAGUGGUGGCGGGCUGUAUGAGCAGAGGCGGUGAUGGGAAGGGGGUCAGGGGACGGGAUGAGGAUGACGCUCGAGGUUGUCUUGUUUUUCGUGAUGUGGGAGAUGAGGAGGAAGCGAUUCAGCGACGAGCAGGAGAGGAGGGGAAAGAAAGAAAGAAACAAAACAACAACAAGGGCGAUAUGGCGUUUCAGACACGAGACAUGAUGUAUGGAUGAUGUAUAUUGCAAUGGGAAUCAUGGGGGCACUACGUCAAGGU